AUGUUUCGUAUUUCUCUCCUAGUUUUAUUGCUCUGUUGGAGUCCAUUAAUUUUAUGCAAAAAGGAAGAACAAGUAUGCUUUCAACAUGUGGAUAGCAGUGGAGCUUAUCCAUGUGAAAGUCGGCCGAGUAAAGAACCGCUCAGUUUACAGUAUAGCAAAGUUCAAAUUAGUAAACCUGCACCAUCAUUUGAAGGUAUUGCUGUUAUUAAUGGAGAAUUUAAAGAAAUUAGUUUGAAUGAUUUCAAAAAUAAAUAUCUCGUACUUCUCUUCUAUCCAUUGGAUUUUACAUUUGUAUGUCCAACUGAGAUUAUUGCUUUUUCUGAUCGUAUUGAAGAAUUUAAAAAAAUUAAUACUGAAGCAUGGAUCAAUACACCUCGUGAACAAGGUGGUUUGGGCAAGAUUCAAAUUCCACUUUUGUCAGAUUUAACACAUCAAAUGUCUAAAGAUUACGGUGUAUAUUUACAAGAUGUAGGCCAUGCAUUGAGAGGAUUGUUUAUAAUUGAUGGCCGUGGUAUUCUCCGUCAAAUUACAAUGAAUGAUCUUCCUGUUGGUCGAUCAACUGAUGAAACACUUCGACUUCUUCAAGCUUUUCAAUAUACUGAUAAACAUGGAGAAGUAUGUCCUGCUGGUUGGCAUCCAGGUGCAGACACUAUUAUUCCAAACCCCGAAGAAAAACUGAAAUAUUUCAGUAAAACUUAUGAAACAAAAAAGAAUUAA